AUGAGCCGGAUGCUGCUAGUCUCAGCUCUCCUGCUGGUGUUGGUGGAAGCUUUUGCCAAAGGGACUCCAGAGGAGAUGCUCCAGGACCCUGCCACGGACUGUUCCGCUGCGAUCUUCCGCCGCAAGCUGGACGAGCUGUCGGAAUGUCAAAACUUGCUGGUGCUGGAGAAGAAAGUGGAUCUGACCAUCAGGGUCAUUCAGAACCUCACCGAGCCCGAGCUGGUCAGGAACGCGUCCAGGCCCCUGGAGAUCCUGGCGAGUAUCCAGGAGGACCUGAGGAGCUGUAUCCAGCUGAAGGGCCUGGAUGGCGACGCUGCUGUGCAGCAGCCGAUCCUCGCCAAAUGGCUCCGGGAGCCCCACGCUGGAAAAAGUGAGGGGUCUGCCAGAUGCCUGGAGGGAGGCGUGAUCUUCAACCUCUUCCACCUACUGAACGAGCUGCAGAAUGUUGCCCACAAGUUCAACAAGUCCUGCCACUGA